AUGGGAAACAGAAUGUGUGAGAUUGCAGAGAGAAUGAAAGUGGUGAUAGUUCUAUCGGUGGUUCAAGCAGCACUUGCAGGAGUAAUUGUGUUCUAUAAACUGGCUGUGAUUGAGGGAAUGAGCAUGAGGGUACUCAUUGCUUACAGAUUUAUCUUCGCCACUGCUUCUGUCACUCCACUUGCUUUCAUAUACGAAAGGGACGGUAAAGCAAAUUUAACAUGGAAGGUCAUUUUCCUAGGGGUUUUAUCAGGUCUAUUUGGGGGAGCAUUGGGUCCAAAUCUGUUCAUAGCAAGCUUAUCCUUAACAUCUUCAACGUAUGCCACUGCAGUGUCCAAUCUUGUUCCUAUUGCCACAUUCAUCUUUGCUGUCAUCUUAAGAAUGGAGAGAGUAGGAAUAAAGAGAGUAGGGGGACAUGCCAAGGUGAUGGGCACAUUUUUAAGCAUAGGUGGAGCAAUGAUUCUCACAUUUUACAAAGGAAAAGAGAUCAUUCUUUGGUCAACCAACAUUAACGUCAUCGAACAUGGUCAACAACAUACCCAACAUGCUACUGUUGCCGAUCAAGUUCUCGGCUCAUUGUUGGCUUUAGGUUCUUGUGUGGCAUUUGCAAUUUGGUAUAUAAUCCAGGCGAAGAUGAGUGAAAUUUAUCCAUUCACGUACUCGGCGUCUGCAUUGUUUUGCGUCACAGCAUCGAUACAGGCAACAGUUUAUACCAUAAUUACUGAGAGGAAUUGGUCUGCUUGGAAGCUUGGCUGGAACUUGAGGCUUUUGAGUGUUGUUUACACGGGACUCGUGGGUACAGGACUUACGGUAGUUCUGAUGUCAUGGUGCUUGCGAUUGAGGGGGCCAUUGUUUGUAUCCAUCUUCAACCCUCUUACACUCGUAUACGUAGCCGUCGUUGGAUCUUUGAUCUUCAAUGAAAAGCUAAGCAUAGGGAGCAUUUUAGGGUCGGUGAUUAUUGUUAUAGGAGUAUACGUUGUUCUAUGGGGAAAAGCCAAGGAGAAGAAGACUCGGCCGGCACAACUUGCAGCAGCACCGGAACAGCCGGCGGAGCCUGAAACUGUGGAUCUUGUUAUUCAAGAUACCAACCUAAGUUGUGAUCCAAGCAAGGCAAUUUCUUCCUAG